AUGGGCCCCGAGAUGCGCCUGACUCGCAUCUGCUGCUGCUGCUGCCUCCUCUACCAGCUAGGCUUCCUGUCGCAUGGGACCAUCUCAGGGCUGCAGCUCACCCCGGAUCUCGAGGAAUGGGAAAUCGUGUUUCCUGCACUCUGGAGCCGGGAGUCGCCGAACGCUACGGGCCUCAGCGGGGGCAGAGCAGACCCGGGAUCCGGGCGCAGCGCUGGGGGCGGCGGCCGGGGGCAGGCUUCGGGCAGCUCGCGCGAGGUGCGCUCGGUGGCCAGGGCACCAAUGGAAGAAGCCGCGGGAGGCCACUCUGAGCCCUGGUUCGCGUCUCCCCUGCAGCCAGGUACUGAGGACGAGGAGGAACUGGAAUCUCAGGAGCUGCCUCGGGGAUCCAGCGGGGAUACCGCCCUGUCCUCGGGAGCCCCGGCCUCGUGGCAGCCUCCUCUGCCCCCACAACCGCCCUCGUCCCCGCCCCCUGCCCAGCAAGAGGAACCCAGCACGGAGGAGGUGCUGUUGCGGAUCCCGGCCCUCUCCAGGGACUUGUACCUGCUGCUCCGGAGAGAUGGCCGCUUCCUGGCGCAGCGCUUCGCAGUGGAACAGUGGCCCAAACCAGGUCCUGAUCCCACCAGGGCAACGGUUGACCCUCGCCCUCCCAUGCCACCAGACGCUUCCUGCUUUUACACCGGGACAGUGCUGCGCCAUCCUGGCUCUCUGGCCUCUUUCAGCACCUGUGGAGGUGGCCUGAUGGGCUUUAUACAACUCAAUGAAGACUUCAUAUUCAUAGAGCCAUUCAAUGAUACAAUGGCCAUCAUAGGUCACCCACACCGUUUAUACAGGCAGAAAAGGUCCACAGAGGAAAAAGUCACAGAGAACUCAGCUGUUCACCGCCAUCCCUGUGGUGUCAUUUCAGAUAUAUUCCUUCAUCUUAUUCAGAGUUAUAUCAAAUUUGAGGGAAUAGAUGAAGUGGCUUAUGUAGCUGCCCUGAAAGAUUUCUGUGUUCACAAAGAUGAGCCAUGUGAUACUGUGGGUAUUGCUUACUUGAAUGGAAUGUGUAGUGAAAAGAGAAAGUGUAUUAUUGCUGAAGACAAUGGCCUGAACCUUGCGUUUACAAUUGCCCAUGAAAUGGGUCACAACAUGGGCAUCAAUCACGACAAUGACCACCCAUCCUGUGCUGAUGGUCUUCAUAUCAUGUCUGGUGAAUGGAUCAAAGGACAAAAUCUUGGUGAUGUUUCGUGGUCCAGGUGCAGCAAGGAAGAUUUGGAAAGAUUUCUCAGGUCAAAGGCCAGUAGCUGCUUGUUGCAUACAGAUCCACAGAGUCUGAGUUCUGUGCUGGUUCCCUCAAAACUGCCAGGGAUGGCUUACACUGCAGAUGAACAGUGCCAGAUCCUCUUUGGGCCUUUGGCUUCUUUUUGUCAAGAGAUGCAGCAUGUUAUCUGCACAGGUCUGUGGUGCAGAGUGGAGGGGGAAGCAGAGUGCAGGACCAAGCUUGACCCACCAAUGGAUGGGACUGACUGCGACCCUGGCAAGUGGUGUAAGGCUGGAGAAUGCACCCGCAGGACCCCUGCACCCGAGCACUUGGCUGGAGAGUGGAGCCCGUGGAGUUCCUGUAGUCGAAGUUGCAGUUCUGGGGUCAGCAGUCGAGAGCGCAAGUGUCCUGGGCUAGGUUCUGAAGCAAGGGAUUGUAAUGGCCCCAGAAAACAAUACAGAAUAUGUGAGAAUCCACCUUGUCCUGCAGGUUUGCCUGGAUUCAGAGACUGGCAAUGUCAGGCCUAUAGUGUUAGAACUUCGUACCCAAAGCAUGCACUUCAGUGGCAAGCUGUCUUCGAUGAAGAAAAACCAUGUGCCUUGUUUUGCUCUCCUGUUGGAAAAGAACAGCCUGUUCUUCUAUCGGAUAAGGUGAUGGAUGGAACUUCUUGUGGAUAUCAGGGACUAGAUAUAUGUGCAAAUGGCAGGUGCCAGAAAGCUGGUUGUGAUGGUUUAUUGGGGUCUCUUGCCAGGGAAGAUCAUUGUGGCGUAUGUAACGGCAAUGGAAAAUCAUGCAAAGUCAUUAAAGGCGAUUUUAAUCACACCAGAGGGGCAGGUUAUGUAGAAGUACUGGUGAUACCUGCUGGGGCAAGAAGAAUCAAAGUCGUGGAGGAAAAGCCGGCACAUAGCUACUUAGCCCUCCGAGAUGCCAGCAAGCAGUCUAUAAACAGUGACUGGAAGAUAGAACAUUCUGGAGCAUUCAGUCUGGCUGGAACUACAGUCCAUUACAUAAGACGAGGCCUGUGGGAGAAGAUCUCUGCCAAAGGCCCCACAACCACACCUUUACAUCUCCUGGUACUCCUAUUUCAAGAUCAGAAUUACGGUCUUCACUAUGAAUAUACUGUUCCAUCAGACCCACUUCCAGACAAUCAGAGCUCUAAGGAGCCGGGACCCCUCUUCAUGUGGACACACGCAGGCUGGGGGGAUUGCAAUGCCACGUGUGGAGGAGGAGAGAGGAAGACAACAGUGUCCUGCACAAAAAUCAUGAGCAAGAAUAUCAGCCUUGUGGACAACAAGAAAUGCAAGGACUUGACCAAGCCAGAGCCACAGAUUCGGAAGUGCAAUGAGCAACCUUGUCAAACAAGGUGGAUGAUGACGGAAUGGACCACGUGUUCACGAACUUGUGGAAAAGGAGUCCAGAGUAGACAAGUGGCCUGUACCCAGCAACUGGAAAAUGGAACCCUAAUUAGAGCCUGGGAGAGGGAUUGCAUAGGGCCAAAGCCCGCUACUGCUCAGCGCUGCGAGGGACAGGACUGCAUGACAGUGUGGGAGGCCGGAGUGUGGUCGGAGUGCUCAGUGAAGUGUGGCAAAGGUGUACGGCAUCGUACCGUGAGGUGUACUAACCCAAGAAAGAAGUGUGUCCUCUCCACCAGACCCAGGGAGGCAGAGGACUGUGAGGAUUACUCAAAAUGCUACGUGUGGCGAGUUGGUGACUGGUCUAAGUGCUCCAUUACCUGUGGCAAAGGCAUGCAGUCUCGUGUUAUCCAGUGCAUGCAUAAGAUCACAGGAAGACAUGGAAAUGAAUGCUUUUCUUCAGAGAAACCUGCAGCGUACAGGCCAUGCCACCUUCAGCCCUGUAACGAGAAGAUUAAUGUGAAUACAAUAACAUCACCAAGACUAGCUGCCCUGACCUUCAAGUGCCUGGGAGACCAGUGGCCAGUGUACUGCAGAGUGAUACGGGAGAAGAAUCUUUGCCAGGACAUGCGGUGGUACCAGCGGUGCUGUGAGACAUGCAGGGACUUCUAUGCCCAAAAGCUACAGCAGAAGAGUUGA